AGCGACACUGUGUCUUGUUAUUGUUCGAUGCUGGUAACCGUAAACCCUAACCCCAUCGUCACCGUUUCACGGUGGGCCGGAACCCUAACCCUAAUUCGCUAACGUCAAUCUCCAUGAACCGUAAUGGAAUCGGAGAAAGUCUUACUUUCCCGAGAAAACCCUAGAAAUUAUUCAUCGUUUCCCUCCAACAACACCGCCAGCAGCAGCAGGGCCAUGCCCAAUGACCUAGCUCAGAAGCCGCCACCGCCGAUUCUCGACCGAUUCAGAGCUCGGUUGAAGCAACGGGACGAUGAGCUUAGGGUUUCUACUGACGAGGACGUGCCGCCGCCGAGCACGGAGGAAAUUGUGCAACUUUACGAGAUUGUAUUGGCGGAGCUCACCUUCAAUUCGAAGCCAAUAAUUACCGAUCUCACUAUCAUCGCAGGGGAUCAGCGUGAGCAUGGCGAGGGCAUUGCACAUGCAAUCUGCGCCCGAAUUGUUGAGGUUCCAGUUGAGCAGAAGCUGCCUUCUUUAUAUCUAUUAGACAGCAUUGUGAAGAACAUUGGUGGAGAAUAUGUUAGCUACUUCUCUUCUCGUUUGGCAGAGGUUUUCUGUGAGGCAUACAGGCAAGUUCACCCUAGCAUGCAUCCUGCCAUGCGCCACCUCUUUGGUACUUGGUCAGCAGUGUUUCCACCUACUGUCCUUCAUAAGAUUGAGGCACAAUUGCAAAUUUCUCCAUCAGUUAGUCAAAAACCUUCUAGUGUGACUUCCUUGAGAUCUUCUGAGUCACCUCGACCAAUACAUGGCAUACAUGUUAAUCCAAAAUACUUGCGUCAGUUGGAACAACAGUCAGGUGCCGAAAUUGAUACUCAACAUGUGAGAGGAACCUCCUCAGGUCUAAAACUUUCUGGUCAAAGACAACCCCUUGGAUAUGAUGAGUUUGACCCUGCUCCUACGGAGAUUACAUCCUUACAGGUUGGAACACAGAGAUUGAACUCAGCAAGAAAUGCAGGUCGAACCUCUCUUUUGCCUGGGGCUAACAAGCUUCAUCUUUCUUCAGCUGCCAAACUUGCAAGGCCGUCAGAAGUUGAUGAGUUUGCUUCAGAUGGUUUAUCCAAUACUGCCUUUGACCAUGGACAUGGGAGAGCAUUUGUCAGAGAUGAAGGGCGGAGAAAACUCUACUCUGAUUACAGCCCGAACAAUGGGUAUGAGCAUCAAAACCCCAGGGCUUUAAUAGAUGCAUAUGGAAAUGACAAAGGGAAAGGAUUUCCAAACAAUAAGUCUCUACAGGUUGAACGGCUGGAUGUAAAUGGCAUGAGCAAAAAUGCUUCAAGAUCAUGGCAAAAUACUGAAGAGGAGGAGUUUGAUUGGGAAGAUAUGAGCCCUACUUUAACAGAACGUAGUAGGAUCCAUGAUUUAUUGCCAUCAUCUGCUCCUCAUCUUGGAAGGGUUGGUGUAAAGCCCUCUUUAUUGGCAUCUGGUAGUAGGAGCAUUCGCUCAGUUCAGAAUCAACUAUCUCUGGUGGAUGCUGAAGAUGCAAUCACUUCACUGGGUUCUGGGCAUGGAUUGAAUCAGCUAGUGGGUUCCCGGUAUCCUCAAGAUGCUUGGAAUAUGUCACAUCAUUCCUCUCAGUCAUCUCAACUUCAUGCCAAAGGAAGAGGAAGAGAUUUCCAGAUGUCUGUUUCAGCUGGUGGUGCACUGGCAUUAGGUGGUGAGAAAAUGGCUCCUCUUAUUGACAAACUCCCUGACGCAGAUUUGCAACUUGUUAGGCCCCCAUCCCUUCUAUCAAGAACUACUACGCAUGACUCUAUCACUAUUGCAGCUCGCCCUACCAUGUUACCAUCCCCUGCUGGCAUGUGGCCUCCGGGAAAUGUUCAUAAAUCUCAGCCACCACCCGCACACUUAAUAUACCCCUUGCAGAAACCUAGGAGUCAGUUUGACUUGAUGAACCCUGGUAAUAGUGUAAUGAAUCAGGGUCGAAGUAAACCUUCGUAUUUGCCUGAGCAGCAAUUUGAUAGUUUUGAAAGCAAGGAGCAAAACUUGACUAGGCUUCUGCAAUUGCCAAAACAACAUCCUGCUCUGUAUCAGCAAAACCAGUUGCAAGCAAAUUCUUUGCAGGCAGCUUCAUUACCAAUACCACCUCACUUACUUGUGCCACGCUUGAGUCAUGGGUACUCUUCACAAGGACGUGGCCCUGUCAUCAGUAUGGCUCCAUCAAAUCCGAUAUCUGUUGUACAAAGGCCUUUAACAAUCCAAAAUAUGCCAAUGACCUCUUUGCAUUUACCAGGGGGAGCCCAGCCACCUCUUCCUCCAGGUCCACCUCCUGCCUCCCAAAUGAUUCCAAUAUCUCAGAAUACAGGUCAAGUUCUUCCUAACCAACCACAGAGUGGUGCAUUUUCUGGUUUGAUUAGUUCUCUGAUGGCCCAAGGAUUGAUCUCAUUGACAAAUCCAACCCCUGUACAGGAUUCUGUGGGACUUGAGUUUGAUGUGGAUCUCCUUAAGGUACGACACGAGUCUGUACUAAAUUCUCUUUAUGCUGAUCUCCCAAGACAGUGCACAACAUGUGGCCUCCGAUUCAAGUUCCAAGAGGAGCACAGUAGUCAUAUGGAUUGGCAUGUGACGAGAAACCGGAUGUCAAAGAAUCGUAAGCAGAAACCUUCUCGGAAGUGGUUUGUCAGUGCUAGCAUGUGGCUUAGUAGUGCAGAAGCAUUGGGAACUGAUGCAGUUCCUGGUUUUUUGCCCACGGAGACAACAGUUGAAAAGAAGGAUGACGAAGAACUGGCAGUUCCUGCUGAUGAAGAGCAGACUGUAUGUGCUUUAUGUGGCGAACCGUUCGAUGAUUUUUAUAGUGAUGAGAUGGAGGAAUGGAUGUAUAAAGGGGCUGUCUACAUGAAUGCACCAAGUGGAUCAACAGCAGGCAUGGAUAGAUCCCAGUUAGGUCCUAUAGUGCAUGCUAAAUGCAGGCCAGAAUCUAGUGUUGUUCCUUCCGAAGAUUUUGCCCAUGAUGAAGGGGAAAAUACUGAAGAUGGUAGUCAAAGGAAAAGAAUGCGGAGUUAACCUUCUUAGAUCAGUUUCUAAGUCUUUUGUAACUUAGUUUGAGUUCCUUCAUCUUAGUGGUAUGCCCAUACUUUUACAGUUAGCAUUCAUGCUUUAGGUUGCUUGGUGUCAUGCCAGAAUCAUGUAUAUGUAUAGUUGAAGUUGUACUUUGCACAAUAUCUUGGAGCGAAAAGGUUACAGAUUCUCUUGCAGGCUUGCAGUUCAUUGCCUUUGUGGCACUCUUAUCUCUUUCCUUCCAAAACAUCCACAGGAAAUUAAAAAAAAAAAAAUUUAUCGGCAGAAAGUGCCUGAAAAUGCUUGGAAUUUUCAUCUCUAAAGCAAUACAAUGCUUCCUAGGAUCAUGUACGUGGAUCGGAGCCUAACUGUAGAAGUUUCUGCAACAUUAUAUACAUUUGUUAUUGUUCUUUUUCCUCUUUUUCUCUUUUGACCGUCUGCAGGGAGGCACAGAGCUGUUUCAAUUGACAGAUUUUGUUGGAAGAUCCUCUGGGUGUAAAUCUUCCCCACUGACGAUUACAAUGAAGCUAUGGUGACAUUCCUGAUUACCAUUGUGCUACGAGUGUCUUCCUCUUUUUCCCAUCUGGGUUUUAGUUUUCAAGUGGAAGUGGUUUGUUCAUUGUUGUCUCUAGAAGUUAUAAUUUGCCACUCUGUACUUGGAUUUAUAUUUGCUUAUUAUAUAAAGAGAGUUCAUUUCC